UUCUUCAGUAAAAAGUGUGCGAGAGAGAGUGAACAGCAAAAGCGAAGGCAAAAGGUACUCCGCAUCUUCCAAAGAUCCGAGCUUUUGAUCUCUGCGAUAUCAAUGGCACCUUCCUUGCCACCUAACGGCAGUGUCGCCGCCGGGACUACGGCGGUUUCUGGCCGAUUGGCGGCGGUAUACAGCGAAGUACAGAAUAGCCGUCUCGACCACUCUCUUCCUCUCCCGACGGUCGUCAGAAACCCCUUCAAGGUCGUCGAUGGCCCUCGUAGCUCGGCCGCCGGAAAUCCAGAUGAGAUUGCAAAGUUGUUUCCGGGCCUAUUCGGGCAGCCGUCUGCAAUGUUGGUACCAGGUGAAUCUGCUGAGUUUGCAUCCGGUCAGAACUUGAAGAUCGGAGUGGUAUUGUCAGGAGGCCAAGCUCCUGGAGGACACAAUGUUAUUUCUGGGAUUUUCGAUUAUUUGCAGGACCGUUGCAAAGGAAGCACACUCUACGGAUUCAGGGGCGGACCAGCUGGGAUCAUGAAGUGCAAAUAUGUGGUGCUGAACUCAGAGUAUAUUUACCCAUACAGAAACCAGGGUGGUUUUGAUAUGAUUUGUAGCGGCAGAGACAAGAUUGAAACCCCUGAACAGUUUAAGCAAGCUGAAGAAACAGCAUUGAAGCUUGAUUUAGAUGGACUUGUUGUAAUUGGUGGGGAUGAUUCAAACACAAAUGCUUGUCUCCUUGCUGAAAACUUUAGGAGUAAAAAGUUGAAAACUCGGGUGAUUGGAUGCCCUAAGACAAUUGAUGGUGACUUGAAAUCCAAGGAAGUUCCUACGAGUUUUGGAUUUGAUACUGCAUGCAAGAUAUACGCAGAAAUGAUAGGAAAUGUCAUGAUAGAUGCUCGCUCAACUGGAAAAUAUUAUCAUUUUGUACGGCUUAUGGGACGUGCUGCUUCACACAUUACAUUAGAGUGUGCUUUACAAACUCAUCCCAACAUUACCCUUAUUGGAGAAGAGGUUGCCGCAAAGAAGCAGACUUUGAAAAAUGUUACAGACUACAUUGCUGAUGUGAUUUGUAAACGGGCAGAACUUGGUUAUAACUAUGGCGUCAUACUUAUACCUGAAGGCCUUAUUGAUUUCAUUCCCGAGGUGCAGCAGCUUAUUGCAGAACUGAAUGAAAUUUUGGCCCAUGAAACUGUAGAUGAAGGCGGUCUAUGGAAAAAGAAACUUAAAGAUCAAUCUCUGAAACUUUUUGAACUGUUACCUCCAGCUAUUCAGGAACAAUUGAUGCUUGAGAGAGAUCCACACGGGAAUGUGCAGGUUGCCAAAAUAGAAACAGAGAAAAUGCUUAUUCAAAUGGUUGAAACUGAAUUGGAGCAUAGAAAGAAGAAGGGUGCAAAUAAAGGCCAGUUCAAAGGCCAGUCCCACUUUUUCGGGUACGAAGGGAGGUGUGGUUUGCCAUCUAACUUUGAUGCUGCAUACUGUUAUGCAUUGGGUUACGGUGCUGGAGCUCUACUUCAUAGUGGCAGAACUGGCUUGAUAUCAUCGGUCGGUAAUUUGGCUGCUCCAAUCGAACAAUGGACUGUAGGUGGAACUGCAUUGACUUCAUUAAUGGACGUGGAGAGGAGACACGGUAAAUUCAAGCCUGUGAUAAAGAAGGCAAUGGUAGAGCUUGAAGGUGCCCCAUUCAAAAAAUUUGCAUCCCUGCGGGAAGAGUGGGCCCUUAAGAACCGAUAUAUCAGUCCUGGUCCGAUACAAUUUACUGGUCCAUCAUCUGAUUCUCUUAGUAACACUCUAUUGUUGGAACUUGGAGUUGGAGCUUAGACGCACUGAUGCAAUUUCAUAUUCUCCUAGAAUGAGAAUUCUAAAUUACACAAGUUAUGAUGCAUCUUGCGAGGUCUUCAAACAUCAUUUAUGGUGUUGUUUUUCUUCUUUUCUUUUAAAAAAUUCGGGGUUGGAAUGCUGACAAUUACCUUGACCUUUUGUGGAUUUUGAUCAUGAGACACCCCUCUUCUGCUCCAUUUGCUGGAAGUUGAAUAAUUGAAGCUCCAUGUCAGUCCA